UCAUCCGUUCUUGGUGUAGCCUCUACAUCACAGGAAAGCUCAAGUUUAAUGGAAAGUGAAAAGCUAAGAGUUACUCUGUUAGGUAGUGAAUGGAGCUCAUCUAAAGGAGGCUUGUCAACUAUUAACAGGGAGCUGGCAAUUCAGUUAGCAAAACAUCCCAAUGUUGAUGUCAGUGUGUAUCUUCCAAGUUGUAGUGAUGAGGACAGGAGAGCUGCCAGUAGACAUUAUGUUCAGCUGAUUGAAGCCCAAGAAUCGCCUGGUUUUGAUCAGCCAAUUGAUUGGUUGGUUUCUUUACCUAAUGGCCAUUAUCCACACUGUGUCAUAGGGCAUGGAGUACAUCUGGGUCGACAGAUACCACUCAUUCAAAAGCAGCAACCUUGCAAGUGGAUCCAGGUUGUUCACACAGCUCCAGAAGAACUUGGAAUGUUCAAAAGUUAUAAAGAAGCCAUUUCCAGAGGUGAGAAGAAACAUCGUGCAGAAGUACAACUUUGUGAGUUAGCUGAUGAAGUGGUUGCAAUUGGACCAAAGCUGGCAAAUGCCUACUCUCGCUACCUUCGCUUCUGCAAAAAAGAUCAGCAUGUAUUCAACCUCACCCCAAGUAUUUUUACUGAGUUCAGUAACAUUGAACAGGCCUCAGAAGAAAGGGAGAACUUUUGUGUUCUAGUUUUUGGGCGUGGUGACCAUGAAGAUUUUGAGCUGAAAGGAUAUGAUAUCGCAAUGAAAGCAAUUGCCCAAUUGAAAGACGAGUCAUACCAGCUAAAGUUUGUUGGCGCACCUGAAGGAAAAGAGAAAAAAGUGGCACGUAAGUUGCGUAAGUAUGGCAUUCCUCGUAGUCAACUUACUGUUUGCUGCUUCAAAGAAGAUCGAGAACAGCUAGCCAAUUUAUUCUGUGAGGCUGAUCUGGCAAUCAUGCCUUCAAGAACUGAAGGAUUUGGUUUGACUGGGCUGGAAGCCCUAUCUGCUGGUCUGCCUGUCCUUGUAAGUGGUAACUCUGGACUUGGACAAGCAUUGGAGAAAGUUCCUGGUGGUUCCCCAUGUGUAAUUCAUUCAGAGGAUCCUAAAAAAUGGGCCAGUGCCAUCAGAGUCAUCUGUCAGAAAAAAAGGAUGGUGCGACUUAAAGAAGCCACUCUUCUUCGAGAAGAGUAUGCAGCAAAGUACAGCUGGCAGAGACAGUGUGAAAGUCUUGUUGAGAAAAUGGUGAAUCUUGUAUCUGGUGAGAGCUAUGUUACAUAUAUCUUCUUUGGGAUAGUUUUUUUUUUCUAUCUUGAUGCAAUUAAUGUAGCUACAACAGCAAGGUGUUCAUGUGUACUUCAGUUCAUUUCCUUAGAAGUGCUCUUGUUUGUGUGAUUAUGUACAUUUAUCAUCUGCAUGUAAAAGCUGUUGGAAAUAUGAAUAGUCAUUACCAAAUACAUACAUACAUUUAUUGAGCACAUCCUCAUCUGGGGCUUUUCAGUGAAUAAAUUGGAUUACAAAAUUAAAAUACAUACAAUACAAUUCAAAUUGUGUAUCUUUAAAUAAAAUAGGGUCAGUUUAAAAAAGAUAUAUAAUUUAUAUUGUAUUGUAUGUAUUUUAACUUUGUAAUCCAAUUUGUUCACCAAAAUCAGGGUUGAGAAGUUUUUUAUAUACUCAUUGUGUAUAUGUACAUGUACAUGUACAUAUACUUUUAUGAUGGGGGAAAUACAGUUUCCUCCUCAACUUACUAUUAAAUAAUUAUUACCUAAAAGUAGAUAAUUAUAAGGAUCAGAUAUUUUUGUAUAAUUUGGAUGUAGCAUGCUUUGGUUUCUCAAACCUGUAAGUAUACAGUCUUAAACUACAUAUACAUGUACCUCAUUUGAAAUUUAUAAUGUGUUAUUAUUUUUGUGCAUACUUGUAGUUGAUCCUGUUACUCGGCAACCAUUGGCAGCAUCUGAAGAAAAUGAAUCCUCAACCACAAUAGCUGUUCAACAGGAAGGUAGGCAACUGCCCCUUUGUAGAUAGCUUAUUGUGCUCCUUUAAACAGGAGCAUGAUGACAGGGAUGCAUGAGUGGCAGAAAAUAGCUCAAGAAAGGAUUUAAUUUUCAGUGAAAGGUUUUUAAUGAUGGUGAAAGGUUAACAGUAAGCUAGGCACUAUGUACUCUGGUGCAAAACUACAUAAGCUGGGUAGGAACCACAAACUUGUGGAGUUAAUUGUACAGAUGUCAGCAGUGACCUGAGUGACUUGGCAGUCAGAUUUUUUUGUAUAAUUUGGAUGUAGUAAAUACUCAGGAAAGGUAACCUUAAUAGUUAUGUAAUAAUCAUACCCACAAGAUUAGGAACAGUGUUGCAGAGUUCUGAAAUAUGUACUUGGUAAAGAGCAUUUACAUGAGAAAGUCUUUCUGUAGUUAUUUUACUCAGAGCAGGUUCUGUUGAAAGUUGGACAAUCAUGGUCAACUUGAUUGGUGUCCUUUUAGAUUAACUUAGAUUUGAAAAAAAAAUGAAGGAUGCAAAUAACAGAGUCAGAGUUCCAUGCCAAUUUUUUGGAGUGAAUGAUUCUUAAAACAGGCAAAUCCUUGUGAUGAGUAGCACAAUCACCAUACCCACUUCUGUAACAUGUAUGGAAAAUGUGAAAAUUGCUAGUUUGGGACAAAAUCACUUCUUUAGGUCUGUUUUAAAUUCACAUUUACUAUUAUAACUGAUUUAUUUCAAACUAUUUUAUUUUUGUCACAUUUGAUUCAAAUUUGUAUUUACCCAUAAUCCCUUGUGGGUGUGGUCUUUUUCACAAAUAAUCAAUUUCGAGUUCACUGACACAGUAAAAAGUAGAAAUAAUAACAUUUUGUAUUACAUGGAGGCUAGUAUCUCCCUAGUGAGAUCAACUGGCACUCUAAAAACUGACUUUCUGCCUCUUUUUACAACUUGAAGAUCACAUCACCAUUUUUCUCUUGGAAAUUCAGCUCUCUUUUUGCGAUUCUUUUCAUUAUAUUUUAGAUUCCUUAGCCUAUUCUUUUCCUGUUUUUUCCUCCUCCACUCUUUGAUCCUCGCAAGCUUUUCUUCCUUUUCGUUAACCAUACCUCUUGUCAAGCGCACUUGUCGUGACCGGAAGCGAGUUGUGUUACCUUUUUAUGUUACGUGCAUGAACUGAUAGGGAAACGCGUGAUUGUAACAAUAGGCUAUUCAUCUUUAGGAAAAAAUAUAGAAUUACAGACAGAUGAGAUCGAUUUUGGAGAGAGAAUACCACGACGUGUACCCACAAAGUGAGAGCUGUAAAUCGUGAGAAAUAUUAAAUCUGGUGAAAAUCUUCAUACGCGAGAGUUUCCUUUGUAGGCGAGCACCAUUUCCCGACACACUUGAAGCGAUAUUUACAGAUGGCUAAAUCUCAGAAAAAUUAUUGAGCUUGAAGACCCCCGACCCUUGAUAAAAUGGCAGAAACCAAAAUAGGAAAGGUUACCAAGAUAUUUUCGACACGGAGAUGAAAAGAUGAAGGCGAAAAUGGCGGAGCAAACAGCAGAUUUCAUAGCGCUUUUGGUGGCAUUUGUGGCGAGACUCCGUUCUCAAUAUGGCGUCAACAUGGUAAAAAGCGUAGCGACUUGGUCAAAAGUGAAUAUUUUGGCCGUUUCUAAAGAUAUGGACCCGAAAACUUGGAAAUGACAAGAGAUACUUAUGAGCAUUGAAGUGUAAUCGAUUUCGAAACCCGACUUUGCCGUGUUUGAAGUAUAUUAGCGAAGGAGAAGGUAAGUUGAUGAAAAAUAUUAUUGCGUAAUCAGGUUUUACAAAACCGUAGCGACUGUUUUACACUGAUAUUUCUCCGUUUAUAGUCAAUCCUUUAGACUGAUUUUUCGCUAUUUUAGAACACCAAGUAUGAGCAUUUGGUUAAUGUGUUUUUGUUCCCACAGGAUUCCAGUUCAGUCAUUCUGCGGACAACAACUUGGUGUACUUCCAAAUUCUGAAACCCAGCGUUACACAAAGGAUACUUAAGAAUGAUGAAUCUUUUCUAUGCGUUUUAAUAAACUUGAAAUGUCAAAGUUUUGCUCAAAUGUAGUGUUUAUUGUGUGUUAUCAUUAGGUGUAAUUUGUUUGCUCAAACGAGCUUUCUUUUCAGUGAAAAAUGUAUUUAAAAAAUUUUACCACUGAGAUUGUGUUACGCGUUACAACCAAAAUUGGCUCGAUUUUUCAUCUUUCACGGGUAUUUUCUCAAAGACAGUAAUGUGGUUUUCUUAUUUUUUGCUUUUACUAUAAUCAAUAAGAAUAAUUUUACCUGUAAGCAAAGAUUUGGCUUCAAUGAAAAUGUAAAACAGAAGAAAUCAUUGAAAGUUUGCAGUCAACCCCCUAUGGGCAUGGUAAUUGUGCUACUCAUCUGUGGGGUAAUUUAGUAGGAUCAACUAAGUUGAUAAUGUAAGAAUGGCCACUGACAUUUAAAGCUGAUGUUUCCAGUGCUAGCCCUCUGUCAGAGCGAGGGGCUAAUGCUUGAAACAUCAGCUUUAAAACUCUUCAUGGUAUGGUGGCUAUUUUACGUUAUCAACCCAGCUGAUGAUACUUAAUUACCCUGUUAUACUCUCCCAAUGAGGCAGCACCACAGUUUCUUUUGAAACUUACCCCCUUUAUUAAAAUCCUCUUGUAGUUGACCUUACUCAGUAUACCUUUGUUAAUUGUCAAACCAUCAUUUUGCAACAAAUUCUUGAAAAAUAUCUUCAGCUCUGAGAACUGUUGCUCCCUCUGCUCCCAAAAUACUCAAUCCUUAAUCCACAUUGUUCUUUCUUUUUAUUUUUUUUUUUUUUAAAGCCAUAUGCAAUGAUUUUGUCAGAAACCUGCUAUUUACAUGUAUAAAAAUAAAGUAAUGAUCAUUAAGUUGUUUGUCUUUUAGGUUGGAGUGAACAAGUCAUCCGUAAUCUUCAACAGUGGCAACAGAAUGCCAGUAAAUGUAAGAUCAGCAGCAACACAGACCGACUCUCAGACUUAAAGAAGAUUGCUUUACAAAAGGGCUAUAGAAUUUCUGACAAUCCAGGGUCAGGAAAUUGUAUGUUCUAUGCCUUGUCAGAGCAACUGGAGAUUGUCAGAGGAGAAAGGAUCCAUCAUUUUGAAUUAAGGCGUUCCUUAGUUCAGUAUCUAAGAGAGCACCCAAAACAGGUGAGUAUUUGGUAAAGUACAUGUAAUCUCUAGAACAGAUUGAUGCUACAAAUGUAUCCUCUGUUCCACAUUCAAGUUAAGUGUUAGGAAUUAUUAUUAGAACAUUUUCAAGGCUUUUAUCAGGAAAAAAAAUUAGUGUGUUUGAUACAUGAAGUUGAAGUUAAUACAAUUAAAAAGGACAACUUGUCGUAAAGUUUGUAUUUACUACAAUGUCUUUCUUUAUUGUUUUUCUUGUUUUAACUUAUUAUAGAACAACUGUGGGAAGUAUAAUGCUGACAAGUGAACUUGUUUAUAGUCAUUCAUUCAAAUUUAUCCUUUUUUGCUAUUAUUUUAAAGAUUGGAUAUGUUAGUUGUAAAAAUUGCUCUAUCAAACAUUACACACAGGGAGUACUAUUAAGGACUAUUGAGCCUAGCAACUAAAGAGUCUUGUAUUUGUCUUUGAACACUUUUGAAGUUAAUAUUUAUUAUAUGAAAAUAUUACAAUAUUGAGUUAUUACUAGACUCGUUGCUCUUUUGCUAUUAAUAUCACACGUUAUCUUGGACUUUCUCUUAAAGGUGGAUGGAACAGAUCUAUUUCACUUUGUUGAUAGACACGCAACAUGGGAUGGUUACUUAACAGACAUGGGACAAGAUGGCACUUGGGGUGAUCAUGUGAUUCUCUGGGCUGCAGCAAACUGUUAUCAAAUAGCCAUUCAUUUGAUUAGUAGUCUUCCAGGCCAGAGUGAGGUAAUUAUCAAACCAGCUUUUCCAUUUGACCAAAGGAAGCAUCUCGUACUGGGACAUGUCCAUGAAGUACACUAUGUCAGCUUUCAGCCCUUGCAAGGUAAGGCCUAGAACAUACCACAUUUAAAAAUUGGCCUAUCCGUGAAUUUUGCAGACAAGAUAUUUCAAAUACUAUAACUGAGUGCAUUCUACAACUGUAUUUUAGUCCUAUACAGCUACAGGCUGUACAUGUCUAUACAAAUUACCAUUUCAUAAAAGCUUGCAGAGCUAACUGUUUUGAUUUAUCUGUGAUGUGAAUAGACCUCUGUAGGUUGGUGCAUGUAAAUUAUAUAUUGAGACAGACUGUUGGUAUUCCAUUCAUUUCAUUAUUUCAUAAUUCACUACCAUAAUGUGAGUAAUCUAAAAAGUGUUUUGUGAGUGAAAUAAUUUGUAAAUGAGUGACAUUAAGAGAUUGAUGAACCAACUUCCUCAGAAAACAAGCAGAAAAUAAUGUUACUCAAUUGUUAAUACUGUAGUGGCAAUUAACUAUGUUUUUUAACUGUGGAGUUUUAAGUGCGGUUAAACUCUUUUUACCGGAUGCCUUAGUAAACAAGUCCAGGCAAGCUUCAAAUGAAACGAAAACUUUCCACCUUUUUCUUUUUUGCUGAUGAAACUUUUCUUUACUUGUUACCCUAGUAAACAAGUCCAGGCAUGCUUCAAAUGAAAAGGUUAAACGAAGUUCGUCCAUUGCAGCCACUCAAUCUGUGAAGCGCCUUAAAGGUAAACUUCAUCUAAGUCUUACAACGCCAUCGGAAAUCCAACGCUUUUUCACAACUUUCCACUCUUUCCUUUCGCUAUUAAAGAACAGCUGCAUGAAGCCUGCACAUAACAAGCCUUCUGUUAUCUUUGAAGGGUCAUUCGCUAUUCAUGCCAUUUUAAUCUCAGUGAUUGAAGUCAAUGUUUAUUCAAAGACAUGUGCGUUCAAGAACGAAGUGUGUUGUUUACUUGCAGGUUCUGAUCAUUGUCUAGUUGUGGAGCACCUUGAAGGUGAAUACAUCAGACGCUCCAAUCUAAAACCACUGCUGUGGGAUAGCGACAUCCAACUACCUAUUGAUGAAGUCUACACAAGGUUGCAAAUGAAAUGGAGAAAGAAGGCUUACUUUCAGCUAACAGAGACGGAGAUUCACAUGUAUGAAGUUUUCAAGCCUGCUGGGGAGGGUGAAAAGGGCGCUAGAAUGGUACUUGUAGAAGGAAACCCUGGGAUUGGGAAGACUACGUUUUGCCUUAAAAUUGCAAGUGAUUGGGCCAAAAAAUUAGUACCAGUAGAGUUUCACUUCCCCAUGUUUGAGUUGUUGUUUCUUCUGAAAUGCUGUGAUAUUCACGAAGAUACUAAAGACAUAGUACAAGCCAUCGAUGAGCAACUUCUGAAUGAUGACAUUAACAAUAAGGAAGAAUUUUUGGAUUACAUCAGAAAUGGUAAGAAUCAGGACGAGAUUCUUUUAAUUCUGGACGGUCUUGAUGAGUUACCAGAAGCAUCAGAAAAAGUCGUAGAUAGGCUAUUUAGAAGAAAAGUUUUCUCGCGCUGUUUUAUUUUGGCCACCUCACGCGAAGAAAAAGGAAUCGAUGUCCGGCGGCGCUAUGACUUUGAUACACUUUUGCAGAUUAAAGGGUUCACCUCAGAGGACGCUACAGAUUACAUCAGAAAGCAUUUUAAAAGCGUUGAUCCACAAAAUUUGUCAAAAGGCGAGAGGCUCAUUGAAGCUGUUCAAACAAAUACUCACCUAAGUGCGCUAAGGAGCAAUCCGUUGAAUCUACUUCUCUUGUGCGUUGUCUUUGAAGACUUUGAAGGGGAACUACCAUCUUAUCGCACUAAGCUUUAUCAGAUUAUUUUUCGAUGCUUGUUGAGGCGAUAUUGCUCCCGAAAUGGCUUGAACGUUCAUCGGAAUGCCGACGAAGCCCUAGAGAAUCAAUUUAAAGAGUCCCUACUUGUGCUAGGGGAGUUAGCGUGGAAUUGUCUUCGAGAAGGCCGCCGUUCAUUUUCGGAAGAGGAACUGGACAAGUUAGAACAUUCGAGGACCCAUGUGAGAAGAUUUCCAGCUAUCAAAUUGGGCCUUGUUUUCAUGGAAGCCAGUUCAAGGCCAAGUCAGGAACCAAGACAUCAGUGUCAUUUUCUUCACAAAACAUUUCAAGAGUUUUUAGCUGCCUUUUACCUAGCGAACCAGAUGUUAACGGAACAACUUAGCCUUACUGAUCAUUCUGUUUUCCGCAAGGAAAGUAUGUUAGGUAGAUACAGAGGAGUAUUUUUCUUUUUAGCUGGCAUAUUAGGCAUGGAAGGACAGGUGUUUUUCAAAGAGGUUGUAACGAUUUUAAGAGAAGACUGGAAAUGGAACGCUUUCUACGUAGAGUUCUUACUUGACCUUUUAAAAGAGAGUGGUGCUGCAGAUGAUUUAGGCAAAGUUGCGUGCUCCCUUAUUCCAUUACCAAAUGUUUUGAAGUUAAAUGAGAAUCGGCGGUCUUGCUUUAAACUUAUACGAUAUGUGCACGAAGGCGCCAUACUCGAAGGUGAGGUGGCAUCAGUGCAGCUUACUAAACUGAGCCUGUCGGACGUGCGAAUUUUUAGUAAAGACAAUAUGAUCGAUCUCUAUCGAAUUCUCAAAAGCAGUCAAACUCUCACAGAACUUGUCAUUGGUAAUAUCGAGAACAUGUCCCCUGAUGUUGCAGAUCUGUUUGCUAAGAGUUUGUCGUCAAGCACUUCGCUAAGAACAGCCACGCUACAACUGUUUAACGUGAGUACCGAGAGGUGUGCCAGUAAUGUUAGUACCUUGUUAUCGACUUUCUACGAAGUCUUUGGUGUUCUGAACAACACUACUGCACAAGCUGUGAAAGCGUUAUUCAAAUCAUCGCUAAUUUCUCUCUCGCUUAUUGUUCAUGGGGAUCCGCAUGACUGUUUAAUGUCGACUGUUAGUGAAGGACUUGCAGAGGAAACCGCGGUGGAGUCUCUUAGUCUUGUUGUUCAUGGAAGAGUUAGCAACUUUGGAAUCGUAGCACUUCAGAAAGGUGUUCUGCGAAAUAGUACUUUGCACUCUUUAGAGUUAAAGGUUUACGGGGAUAUCCCAGAAGCGUGGGUGGCAGCUGUUGGUGCUAUACUGGCAGCCAAGAAGUCAUGGAAGUCUCUUAUUAUUCAUCCAAAUGUAUGCGGGAAAAUUAAACAUGAGGCAAGUUUGCUGCCCUAUCCGAUUCUCGGUGAUGCUCCAUCAGAGAAGUCGUUAACCGUGAACGUCUGCGGUGAACUGAGCGUUGUAAGCUGUAAAGCCCUUGGAGAUUUUUUCAUGGAAAGUUCGCCACUAUCUGGUUUGCAGUUGAAUGUCCGAGGUAAACAAAGCAAUGAAGUUGUGGAUCGUCUGGUAGACUAUUUUCUGGCUAACAAUUCACUGUCCUCACACAGUAUUAUUAACCUUAGUGGUGAAAUCAGAAGCUAUGAAGGAACUGCCCUUGAAAGAUUAGUUCAAGAGGGUCAAAAGAAUUCUGUCUCAGUGCACUUGAAUGAUCUUGGGGAGUACAACUUUUCAAGUGGUUAUGAUACUCUCGCUAAUUUUUCGUCAGCGUCGGCCACGUUUUUAGUUGAGGGGAAGACUACCACACAUCUUGAAGUCAUUAAACUAUUAAGCUCUGCGUCAUUAACUACGUUCAAUCUCACUGUUAAUCAUUACUCUGCUAGGCCGGGAGCCUGGGCCAGCGGUGUGGGUAAUGCCUUGGCGAACAAUAGAUCAUUAACUUCAUUCAGUCUCACAGUUAACAGUCACGCUAAAGUCGAGGAAAACUGGGCCAAAGGUGUGGGUGAUGGUUUGGCGAAGAGCAGAUCAUUAACUAAAUUCAGUCUCACGGUUAACAAUCACGCUGAAGACAUGGGACAAUGGACCAUUGGUGUUGGUCAAGGUUUGAAGAAGAGCAGAUCACUAACUACAUUCAGUCUCACAGUUAACAAUCACGCUGAAGACAUGGGACUGUGGGCCAGAGAAGUAACUAGUGGUUUGGCGAACAGCGAAUCAUUAACUGAAUUCAGUCUCACAGUUAACAGUACCGCUGACACGUUGGGAUUCUGGGCCAAGUGUGUGGGUGAUGGUUUGGCGGAGAGCAGCUCAUUGACUACAUUCAGUCUCACAGUUAACAAUCGCGCUAUAGACGUGGGAAUCUGGGCCAGCUAUGUGGUAAAUGGUUUGGCGAAGAGCGGAACAAUAACUACAUUCAGUCUCACAGUUAACAAUCACGCUAAAGAAAGGGGACGCUGGGCCAGCGGUGUGGGUAAUGGUUUAGCGAACAGCAGAUCACUAACUACAUUCAUUCUCACAGUUAACAAUCACGCGGAUGAAAUAGGACACUGGAUAAACGAUUUAAACAAGGGCUUGGCAGAGAACGGUUCUUUAACAACGAUAAGAGUUGCAUUCAACUUGUACGGUGAGGACACAAUUCGCUAG